UUGCUUUAAAACCAAUUCUCAUACAUCUCACCACCAACAGCCAACCAUGAUCAGCAAACCCAGAUUGGAGGGUAAAGUAGCCCUUAUCACCGGCGGUGCUAGCGGCAUCGGAGAAGAAACCGCCCGGUUAUUCCUCGAAAACGGAGCCCUGGUUGUGAUCGCCGAUGUUCAAGAUGAGCUGGGCCACCAAGUGGUCGCCUCAUGCAACUCCACCAAGAUCUGCUAUUUCCGGUGCGACGUCAGGGACGAGAAGCAAGUGGCGGAAGCAGUCGCCCACACACUCGCCAAAUACAAAACCCUUGACAUACUCUUCAGCAAUGCUGGAAUCAUGGGGCCCUUGACUUCCCUACUGGACAUGGACCUAGAUGCCUUUGACAACACCAUGGCCAUCAACGUCCGUGGGGUGGCUGCAACCAUCAAACAUGCGGCUCGAGCCAUGGUUGCCGGAGGGAUACGUGGUUCGAUCAUCUGCACCGCCAGUGUCGCCGCUUCCAUCGGAGGGGCAGGCCCCCAUGGUUACACUGUUUCAAAACACGCGAUGCUGGGGCUGAUGAAGACGGCGUGUAACGAGCUGGGGGCGCAUGGGAUUAGAGUUAACUGUGUUUCUCCCUUCGGAGUGGGCACGCCGCUUAGCUGCACGGCUUACAAUAUGGGGCCGAGCCAAGUGGAGGAAAAUUGUUGCAAAACGGCAAAUUUGAAGGGGAUUGUGUUGAAGGCUAGGCAUAUCGCUGAAGCGGCUUUGUUUCUGGCUUCCGAUGAGUCGGUGUAUGUGAGUGGACAGAACUUGGGGGUGGAUGGUGGCUUUACGGUGGUCAGCCACAGCUACACGGUGGUCAAUUAAUUACAUUCAGAGUAAGUUACAUUUUUGGUUCUUGUGAUUUACUAGAAAUUUCGAAUGUCAUCCCUAUGGUUUUAAAAUUGCAGUUUUAGUCCCUAUAGUUUACAAGUCAUUUUUAUUUUUUCGUCUCU